AUGGGAGUUGAUCUUGACGACAUAAAAGCGUCUUCCAGGACAUUGACCGGAUUCAAUGGAUCCUCCGAAACUAUCUUGCGAAUGAUCCGCCUCCCGGUACGCGCGUGUGGCUUUACUCGAACGGUUAAGUUUGCCGUUGUAAGCACAAAAGCUCCUUAUCACGCUAUACUCCGCACCCCUUGGCUACACUCGAUGCAAGCUGUUCCUUCCACCUACCACCAGUGCGUCAAGUUCCCUGGCACGGACGGAAGGAUAAAAACGCUGCGAGGGGAUCAAAAGGCCGCUAGGGAUCUCCUAGUCGCCACAGUCAAACUCCAACAGUCAUCUCUACCCGUUAAUUCUGUGUCUCAUCCAACCUCAAAGGUCCGUUCCCAGGAAAGCGAGAUUCUCGAGUUACCUAUUGACGACGCCGAUCAAAGUCGAACCGUAAGGGUUGGUGCAUACCUUUCUGAGGAAAUGCAACAGUCAAUUCUGAACUUCCUCAGGAAGAACGUGUCUACAUUCGCUUGGUCUAUGGCAGACAUGAAAGGCAUUGACCCGACUAUAACGACUCACGAGCUAAACGUCGACCCGACAUUCAAACCUAUCCGCCAGAAGCGACGUAAGCUCGGCCCUGACGGGUCGAAGGCCGUAAACGAAGAAGUUGACAAGCUACUCGGCGCAGGUUCGAUCGCUGAGGUCCGCUACCCCGAAUGGUUGGCAAAUCCGGUAGUCGUCAAAAAGAAAAAUGGCAUGUGGCGCGUCUGCGUCGACUUCACCGAUCUGAAUAAAGCCUGCCCAAAGGAUAUCUACCCUCUUCCCAACAUUGACCAUUAA